AUGAAGGGCUUAGGAGACAACAGAAGCCGCCAUCUCUCCGAUAACCUGGACUCCCCUCAAGACUCUCUUUAUGCCCCCCAGGACAGGAACCCUUAUCUCCUCAGCCCCACCGACUCCUUCACCAUGGAUCCCCGAUUCCCAACCCAGAACACCGUCCAUGGCGACUGUCUCCUUCCACUCAACAACCAGAUCUCCAACAGCAGCACUUUCCCUCGCAUCCAUUACAACUCCCACUUCGAGGUCCCAGAUGACAACCCUUUUCCGAGCCAUGCCCAAGCCACCAAGAUCAACCGCCUACCUGCCAACCUCCUCGACCAGUUUGAGAAGCAGCUGCCCAUCCACAGGGACGGCUUCAGCACCCUCCAGUUCCAGCGGAGCGACGCGAAGCACCGCAGCGAGAGCCCGGGGCGCAUCCGGCACCUCGUGCACUCCGUGCAGAAGCUCUUCGCCAAGUCCCAGUCUCUGGAGGGCCCCAGCAAGGGCAACGUGAAUGGGAAGAAGGGGGCAGAUGACGCCAAGCAAAACCGGAGGAGCAAGAGCAAGGACCGGGCAAAGACCUCCGAACCCAAGCGCAGGACCAGGUCCAACAUCUCCGGCUGGUGGAGCUCCGAUGACAACCUGGACAGCGACACCUGCAGCUACCGCAACCCCAUGGGGCUGAUGACGCUGGGCCGGCAGCCCGACCACAGCCAGCCAAAGUACUUCAUGCACGCCUACAACACCAUCAGCGAGCACAUGCUGAAAUCCUCCAAGAGCAAUAACGACCUCAAGGUCACCCCUUGCACCAAUAUCCCCAUCAACAAUGACUCCAACUACAUCAAGCGGGGCUCCUGGUCCACGCUGACGCUCAGCCAUGCCCGGGAGGUGUGCCAGAAGGCCUCCGCCACCAUUGACAAAGCCUUGCUCAAAUCCAAGUCCUGCCACCAGGACUUGGCCUACCACUACCUGCAGCCUGACGCAGGGCUGUGGGCACAGCUGGGUGGCACGGGCCUGGCCAGCAGCUGGGCAGCCCCACCGCUUGGCUGGGAGGACACGGGUGCCCCGCGGAGCUGGGACCAGCCCCUCAGCCCCGGGCCGACCGACGCAGGCAGCGCCCAGGUGCCUCACGGGGAGUGGAACAACACGCUGUCCCGGGACAAGGACAGCGAGAUCCCGUGCCGGCGCAUGCGGAGCGGGAGUUACAUCAAAGCCAUGGGGGAUGAUGACAGCGAAGACUCAGAAACCAGCCCCAAACCAUCCCCGAAAACUGCAGCUCGGAGGCAGAGUUACCUCAAGGCCACCCAACAGUCCCUGAGUGAGCAGAGCACCACACAAAGGAGCCUGGACCGCCUGGACUCUGUUGAGAUCCUUCUACCUCCGAAGUUCCCGACCUGGGAGGAAGAAUACAACCAGAUCUCUGACAGUGUCAACGAGUCCAGCUGCAUUAACCAGAUCUUUGGACCCCCCUCACUUAUCCCUCAGAUAUUUACCCAUGGAGAGCAGGCACCCGAGCCGGAGCUGGGGGAGCAGUACGAGCCCGUCUGCGACUCCACCUACAGCGAGGCCGAGUCGGCGGCUGCGGAGGUGCUGGACCUGCCUCUGCCCAGCUACUUCCGAUCCCGGAGCCACAGCUACCUCCGCGCUAUCCAGGCAGGCUGCUCCCAGGAGGACGACACGGGCUCCGUCCGCUCCAUCUCCCCGCCAGCCACGGGCAGCCUCAGCGGCAGCAGGACCCUGCCCACCAACAGUUCAUCAUGCCUAGUGGCAUAUAAAAAGACUCCACCUCCCGUCCCACCUCGGACCACGUCCAAGCCAUUCAUCUCUGUCACUGUGCAGAGCAGCACUGAGUCGGCGCAGGACACCUACCUGGACAGCCAGGACCACAAGAGUGAGGUCACCAGCCAGUCGGGGCUCAGCAAUUCCUCAGACAGCUUGGACAGCACCAGGACACCCAGCGUGACCAGGGGCAGCAUCGUCACUCCAGCCAGAGACACUCCAGAGUUACCUCAGAAAAAUGCAACUUUGAAAAGUGACAAAGGGACUCUGACUAACGAAGAGCCUAAAGUGGAGAAUAUCCCCAAAAGAAAGCUAUCAUCAAUAGGAAUACAAGUUGACUGCCUUCAGCCAGUGGCAAAAGAGGAGCCUCCUCCACCAGCCACCAAAUUCCAGUCCAUCGGGGUACAGGUAGAGGACGAGUGGCGAAACAGCCACUCCCGCAGCAUGUCCUCCAAACAGGACACAGACUCUGACACGCAGGAGCCAAAUAACUCCAGCUGUAAAUCAUCUGAGAGAAGCCUCGCUGAGUGCCCCCAGCACAACAACUCCGUUGGUGUUGAUGCCUCCACCAGGCAACCAGCCAAGCCCUCACAGAUUAAGAGAAACCUCUCCUAUGGAGACAACAACGACCCGGCCCUGGAGCCUUCUUCUCUCCCUCCUCCUGACCCCUGGCUCGAGAGCUCCUCCAUGUCGCCAUCGGAGCCGGCGCAGCCGGGGCCCUGCCGGCGGGAUGGCUUCUGGUUCCUGAAGCUGCUGCAGGCAGAGACUGAGCGCCUGGAGGGCUGGUGCCGUCAGAUGGACCAGGAGACCAAAGAGAACAAUCUCUCUGAGGAAGUCUUGGGAAAAGUCCUGAGUGCAGUGGGCAGUGCACAGUUACUAAUGUCACAGAAGUUCCAGCAAUUCCACGGCCUCUGUGAACAAAACUUGAACCCUAAUGCAAAUCCCAGACCCACAGCCCAGGACUUGGCUGGAUUUUGGGAUCUCCUCCAGUUGUCCAUUGAAGACAUCAGCAUGAAGUUUGACGAGCUGUACCACCUCAAAGCUAAUAGCUGGCAAUUGUCUGAGACACUGGAGAGAAAGGAAGAGAAGAAACCACCCCCUCCAGUGCCAAAGAAGCCGGCCAAGUCCAAAUCGCAGCUGAGCCGGGACAAAGGCUCCGACUCGGACAAGCAGCGGCAGGAGGCGCGGAAGCGGCUGAUGGCGGCCAAGCGCGCAGCGUCCGUGCGGCAGAACUCGGCCACCGAGAGCGCUGACAGCAUCGAGAUCUACGUCCCUGAGGCCCAGACCCGCCUCUGAGCCUGGCCAGGGCCAGCCCGCGGCUUUUAUAAGUCAUUAAAUGGAAAAAAAAAGGUUCUCUUGAAACUAGUGUGAUUUAUUCAGUCUAGAGACAAUGAGCCAUCCUUGAAAAGGGCUCCUGAGUUGGCUUUUUUUCUCUCUCAGCUUUAAGUAAUGAAGAUUUUAACAAAAAAAAA